AUGAGAUAAUUCGGAAGGAAAGAAUAAAAGCAAAAAUCCUUGAGUUUACCCUUUGAUUAACUAAUUAAGAGACUUAAUGAACUAAAAGUGUUGAAAAAUAAUUAUAUCAAAUCUCUUAUACCAAAUAACAAUGAUUAAAAAAAACAGGAUGAUGAUUUAUUAAUUACGAAGAAUAAAAAUAGUUAGAUUCAAAAUAAUAUUAAAUAUGAUGCUCCAAUUUUGCAUAUUAUUGAUAAAUAAUAUGAUUUAUCAAAAUCCAAUUUCCAAUAAGAAAUUAUUUAAUCCAUUAAUAAACUAAAUAUAGAGAUAGACAAUCAAGCUUCUCAUUUAGUAAAUUUAAGGCAUAUGUCUUCAAUUGAAUUUUAUCUAUUGGUUUCUUAAUAUCAUUUGAAUGAUAAUUUGCAUUUUAGUAAAAGCGAUAUUUGCACAAUUUGCUAAUUUGAGUUAUUUGAAAUUGCAGAUUGGGAUAAAUUUGAGGAAAUAUUAUGUUGUGAAUAACUUGUCGUCGGCCUUCCAUGUGAUCAUUACUAUCAUAUGGAUUGUUUGACUCAUUGUAUCAAAGAAUAAUAUAUACAAUGUCCUAUUUGUGGAAAAAUUUAUGGUGUUAAAACUGGAGAUUAACCAGAUGGAGAAAUGAUAUGCCAUAUUGAUUAUAGAACUCAUUGUUAAGGGUAUGAAGAUUAUGGGACAAUAGUCAUUUAUUAUAAUAUGUAUGCAGGGUAAAGAAAUGGAUAGCAUUUUCCAUCAACAUAUAGAGAGGCAUUCUUGCCAGACACUCCUGAAGGAAGGCAAGUCUUUAGAUUAUUAAAAAUGGCGUUUGAAAGGAAAUUAAUCUUUACUGUUGGCCGUUCGGUGACAACAGGAAAAGAUAAUAGAAUAGUAUGGAAUGGAAUUCAUCAUAAAACAAAUUUGAGUGGAGGAGUUAGUUGUUUUGGUUAUCCAGAUCCUACUUAUUUUAGUAGAGUGAAGGAAGAACUAGCGGCAAAAGGUAUAUAUUGA